UGCCCUGCAUAAUUUCUCACUCAUCUCCGCUUGCCCUUGCUGCCCGAGGUAUCUCGUUUCAGUUGGUUCCUAUGACGUACCGCUGAUGCGGUACGCUUACAGCAGGGUAUAAUUUCUCAAUAAAUGAAUAAUCAUUCCCUUUCGUUUUUGAAAAUUCUCAUCAUUACUCUACCAAAGUGGGGGAGACCAGGAGGGCUUGUCCCCCAUCGCUCCCUCCCUCCUCUCUCUAUAUCUCCUCUCGAAUCCCUAAAAUUUCCAUCGAUGGGUAAAAGGCCAGGCGAUCCGGGAGGCGGCAGAAGCCGCGCCUCCCUUUGGAUCAUCCUUGCGGCGCUCUUCAUCUCCUGCUCUCUGGCGUACAUGGUCCUCACCGUGGCCGUCCGUCGCCCGGGCAGCCUUUCCUUGCUCUCCGCCGUUGUUCCUGGCCUGGCGUCGGUCGGCGAGGGGAGGGAGAUGGUCGGAGGAGGGGGAGGGGAGGAGGAAUGCUGCAGGGGAGUCGAGCAUCUGGAGCUCUGGGGGGCUGCGGUGAAGUGGGGCACCGAUCACAAGUUCAAGACGUCGAGGGAGUGCUGUCUGGCUUGCAAGGCGAUGUGCGGGGGUUUGGAUGGGCCGUGUCUCUGCGAUUCGUGGGUGUUUUGCGGGGAUAAGGAGCGAUGUGGGAAUAAAUUUGGGGAGUGCUGGUUGAAAAAACAGAAGGAUGCCUUGUUUCCUGCUCUGCAAGAGUCCGGGGAAAGGGUUAUUUGGACUUCUGGUCUCAUUUUUGGAAAAGGAGAGGGCAUUGUCGGCUUCGAAACAGAUUAUGGAACUCUUCAUAUCAAACUAUUCCCUGACUGUGCUCCACGUUCUGUGGCUUAUAUUGUUGAGCUGUUGCGAUUGCGUCUCUGUGAUGGUUGCCAAAUUCAUCGAGCUGAAGGACGGGCCCAAUAUUGGGAUUCUAAAGGGAACCACAUAGCAGAUGCUUCAUUUGGCCCUCCUUAUGCGAUGAUUCAAGGAACACUUGAAGCGGGGGGGCUCUCAUUCGAAAAGAUACCAGCGGAGGUAUGCCCCACAAUAAGAAGGGGAUCGGUUGCAUGGGUUGGUUCAGGCCCAGAGUUCUUCAUCAGCCUAGCAAAUCAUGAUGAGUGGCAAGGAGCAUACACGGUUUUUGGUUCUGUUCUGCCUGAAGACAUGGAGAUAGCAGAGAAAAUAGCAAUCCUCCCAACCAAGCCAGAUGUCUGGAAUAACAUUAAUGUGUCAGUGUUGGAUAAACCUGUCCAUUUCAGGCUCAAAAGAAUCACAAACAGCCAUGGUCAUCUCAACCUCAAUGCAAAUUCAAACUCUGGUUCUAGGGAGUCUUAGUUGCCCGUUAACUUGUCUGGUGUUGAUUCACUUGCUAGCUCUGAAGAGUUGUAUUCCUGGCCCUACCGAUCUCAUCGGGCUCUUGAGUUUUUUUGUUGUGUACCACCGACUGAAAUGGGAUGUGCUCCUCUGUUAAGCAUAUAAAGCACCAAUAGAAAUUUAUAAAGAAAAAGAAAAAAGAGAAUGGAAAAAGGCAGGAGCGACUCCUUUUCUGCA